UCUGGAAAACAGCCCAAAAACAGUCAAAACCUAGGGAGGCCUCCCUCCUGUCAGUAGCUGGAGAAUUCGCCUACGGACUGGAGCUCUUGCUUUCAGAAGUGAUGACGGAAAAAGAGUUAUAUUCAGUAUACAAGGGGGUGUAUGUGCCAAAGCUAUUGCACCCCACAGAAAGCUUGAAAUAUGCUGAGGACUUCACGUUUCGUAGCGACGACAUAAUUAUUGUGACUUAUCCUAAAUCUGGCACUACAUGGAUGCAGGAGAUCCUGCCACUGGUUGUGAGUGAGGGGGACUUCACGGUCGUGCAGUCCGUUCCCAACUGGGACCGCGUGCCAUGGCUGGAGGAGCAUCGCGCCAUGGUCCUGAACCUGGAGAACAGGCCCUCACCACGCAUGUUUGCCACCCACUUCCACUACAGUAUGAUGCCCCAGUCCUACUUCCAGAACAAGCCUAAGGUUAUUUAUGUCAUGAGAAACCCAAAGGAUGUCUUUACUUCUUCCUACCACUAUUAUGGAAUGGCAUCUUAUCUGGUGAAACCAGGGACUUGGGAUGAGUUCCUCACAAAAUUCCUGGAUGGAAAAGUGAUGUUUGGCUCAUGGUUUGAUCAUGUGAAAGGAUGGCUUAAUGCAGAAGCCAAGGACCGCAUAUUGUACAUGACAUAUGAGGAAAUGAUUUGGGAUCUGAAGGACUCUGUUUCCAAAAUCUCUGAUUUCGUUGGAAAAUCCCUGAGCACUGAGCUGAUUGAGAAGAUAGCUGAUCACUGCACGUUCAAGAACAUGAAGCAGAACAAGAUGUCAAAUUACUCUCUUGUUCCAGAAGAGUUCAUGAAUCAGAAAAAAUCGGAGUUUCUCAGAAAAGGGAUAUGUGGCGAUUGGAAGAACUAUUUCACAGUGGCCCAAGCAGAGCUGUUUGACUUUGUGUACAAGGACAAGAUGAAGGAUGUCAAUUUCAAGUUUAUGUGGGAUGAAAAUAAUAACUGAUUCCAGUGAACAGAAGCUUGUUGGCAAUCCACACUUUAGCUGUUGUAAUAUAAAGUAUUAUUUCCUACUAACCUGUUUAAUAUAUAUCUAAUAUAAUACUCCAUUCUGCAUGUCUAUUAUACCUAAACCCAAGUAAUAUAUUCUUUCCAUUUGUUCACAUUACACAUUACAUUACAGUACAUGGUGUAUUAUGACCCACAAGCUGAAUUGGAGCUAUUCCCAAUAAAGGACGUCUUCUACAGAGUGACACUUAAAUAUUAAGAGACCUCAAUACUGGACAAAGAGGAAAUACAUUCUUUAGGGCACAGAGUAAGAAAACCGAAUGACAUUUCUGGACUGUCUGUGAACCGUAUGUGAAUUUGUGAAUGUGAAUUCACAAUAAUUGUAAUUCAGCUGUAACUUGUUUGUUAUUACACCUGCAAACUGCUCAGCUGUUCUAUUCCAUUAAUGUACAUUGGAAUCACAUGAGAGCUUGACUUCAUUGUGUCCUUAAGGUCAGUUUACAAACACAGAUAAGGUGCAUGUGACAAAUUUUCAUUAUUCUUUACCUGUCACCGUUAAUGUAAUGAAUGUCUUUUUUAAACCAGAAAGCUUAUAUGAUAUCGUAGUGUACUGUAUGCCACUUGUUUUGUGUUUAAUUUUCAUAAUCAAAAGAAAAGUAAAAAAAUAUUCAUUAAUUAAGGUAGUCCUCUACAUGCCAUAUUACAAAUGCCUGUAAUUAGAAUAUGUUUACAAAUUAAAUAUAACAUGUUAUUUCAAUUAGGACAUUUAAGUUUUGCAUGUAUUCAUCCUAUAUAUAUGUUACUGUAUAUUCCAUAUUCAUAACAAAUUAGUAUGUUGCUCAUUAAAACCUGGCAGAUUAAAUUUCAAGUAGGGAAGUGCUGAGUGUUACAUGCUGCAAAAUGUAGAUGAUAAAUUAAAAAUGGGAAGCCCUGGGCUUUUUACUUCUGUAAAAAACAUGAAAGUGAUUAGUCUAGGCACUGUAAGGGGGGAGAAAUAAAUAAAAUGUCUUUAUAUACAUGGUUAAAAGCUUAGAAUGUUAAUGAAGUGAAGUUGUGCCAUUUUUUUAUUAAAAGAUCACACUGGAACACCCCAUUUAGAAUAUUGUGUACACGUUCGGUCGUCCUUUUGCAAAGAAAAAGGUAUUGUGGACCUGGUUCGGAUAAGAGCAACAUGUACAGUACGUAAUGGUACAAUAAAAAGUCGUAAACCGAACGGCUAAAAGAACCGAA